GACACCACAUCCAGGCGCGAGCAGAGGAGCGCGUGCCCGCCGCUGACUGCAUCCUCACCGGCAUCCUCAUCUUCAUCAUCCUCCUCCUCCUCCUCCUCGACGCCCCACCCGAGCUCGCUAUCUCCGGCUGACCACCGUCGGACUUCCCGGAAUAUCAUCCAGCCUGAAGCAGACACACCAUGGAUGACUUGGACGUUCCUCAGAUGCGGAGGGAAGUGGAGUCUCUUCAGUACCAGCUGGCCAUCAGCAGAGAGAAAUCCUCCAUCACCGUCACAGAGUUGGUGAAGUGGAUCGAAGGUUGUGUCUGUGAGGAUCCUUUCCUCAACCCUGAGCUGAUGCGAGCUAACCCCUGGGUGGAGAAAGGCAAGUGUGUGAUCCUCUGAUGAUCACACACACUUUCAUGUGUUCACACUGGCAAUGCACGGAUGCACCACACAAACUUAAACAUUGGCCACUAAACACACACACACAACACAACACACACUACUGCUGUUAUGCUUUGUUUAUUUAUUUGGAGAACUUGAUUGCUGUGUGUGUGUGUGUGUGUGUGUGUGUGUGUGUGCACAGCACUGAGUAGCUUUUUAGACGUUUGUUUUUAUUGGCUCUUUAC